AUGACCACCCAUCAAACCAGUGGAGCUGCCCAUUCUAGGGGACUAUCCUCACGGACCUCGAACUCUUCCCGCAAUGACGAUUCUGUCCCAGGAGAUGCCCCCGGGCGAAAACGACUACAAAAGGUGGCCCCGGCCGCUGAUACAACGCCUGCCUAUGGAUCAAGAGCUCCCUCAAUACCAAGAAGCGUGACUGACACGCGUAUUAAUGCUAUGGGAAGAAGGAGACACUCGAUUCGAGAAUCCACUGUAGCCGCACCUCGGGGGCCUCGUGCAGGUUCCAUUCACUCGGGCAAUUCCUCCAUCGAUACAACGAAUGAGUCGAUACGAAAUCCCUCUGUUAGUAGCACGAACUCUCGGAUGAGCUUUGGAGCAUCUACCACCAGCAACUCGACCAAGUAUGGCAUCAAUCAAACCUCUUCCGAUGGCCCUGAAUUCUUGGCGCCGAUUAGUUUUGACGAUUUUCACAACAGCAUUCUAGACGACCCGAGCUUAAACAACUUCCCAAUGCCUGGCCUUGGAAGCACCCCCAGUUACGCCAACAAGACGCCGACACCUCGUACAGCCAGCACAUGGUCCAGGCCAGAAGGAGCAACGAGGACAACCAGGUCCAACUCCAUUCGGCAGCAGAGCGAUACAAAUCGCCUCACUGGACAAGCUCCUGUCACAAACACCAUGAUGCCGCCUCCUCCCGCGCCUUCGUCUAGAGCCCGCCGCCAGAGCCAUAUUCCGCCAUCAUCGUCUACCUCGCUGCCUAUUCGUCCGCCGAGGAAAUCGAUAGGGCCCGGUGUGUUGACACUGGAUACCUCGAGCGAUACUAUGUCAAAGCGCCGCCCCAGCUUUUCGACUCGCAGACCCAGUGUCGACAGCACGAGAGCUGAUUUGUCUACCCGUGUUAGGACGCGUAACAAUGAGGCUAAUGGCAGAGAGGAGGCCGGAUUCCUCCUCAGCACGCGCUCAUUCAAAGCAAAAUCCCUACAACCGCCGUCCAGGGAACGCCUGCCCCAGGAACAGCUAUCUACUCCUACCAUCGAUAGCUCAACGAAUGGCCUGCUCACUCCCUCCAAGAAUAACCCGACAGGCGCGACUACGCCCACAUCUUCUUCAUCCAAGCGUUUGUCCAGUAUGCCUCAUGCAACUGGACUUGGCGCUCGUACAAUCAGCCCGACCGAUGCUCGGAGAAUGAAGCGCAUGUCCAUGAUGCCGCCAGCGCCGCCUGUUCCAUUUACACCCCCUGCUCCACAGAGUCUACCGGCCGAUCCUGCUCCUACUUUGCGCCCACGGUCAUCUCAAUCACCUUCCAUGAUCCCUAGAAAAGCCGAUACUCCUUCCUCUUCACGAACGACUCCAGACCCUAACCGCAAGUCGUAUAGUUCGGGCAUGUCACUAUCUUCAAGUACGAGCUACAAUUCUGUUCGCAACUCUAGCGGCUCACUGCAACCGCGUCUCUCUCAAACAUUUUCUUCGUCACGACUACCUACGCCAAAGCCUCGCACAGAGGCAUCAAACGGCGCCUCUGAGGAAGAAGUUCCGCCAGUUCCGGCUAUUCCCAAAGCCUACGAGUCGCCAAAAACUGAGUUCGACGCCCUUUUCCCUCCAAGCUUUCGAAAAUCAAGCUUCCCACCUGAUGCCGGACUCGCUAGUUCAGAUUCGAGACGUGGCUCUGAUUCCAGCGGUCCGUCUGCGGUUACCAAUAAUAGCCAGGACAGUUCCGUGCACAAUGGAUCUCGUAUGGUGGGAACUAAAACCCCGGAAACCAAGGGAAAACAACAGACUUCUCUGGGCCGCAAGGGUCUGCAGGCUUUGAAACUACCUCCGUUGAACCUACUGCCACUGAGCACGCCUAUGGCCGCGAAAAUUGAUGCCUUGAGGGAUGGUCCGACCAGGGAAGAACUGAAUCCAUCCACUCCUCAACGUGGAAAUAUGGCAAAGACACCCAGUACCCCAUUGACAGCUUCCAAGGCAUACUUUUUCGGUGCGGACGAUGCCGAUAUGGAACCUCUUCAAUUGCCACGUAGCAGCACCUCACAUUUUCUGGUUAGUACCUCGAACUCUUCGACGUUACGAGCCCCUAGCAGCUCCAGUGCUAUCGUUCCAUUGGAAAUGCCUUCCAGUAAGCGGAAUAUGUCGCCCUAUAUAUCCUCCUCCCUGCCCAAAACCAGCGGUGAUUACAGCUAUAUGCGUCACAAGAAUAGCGAGGACUACUCUCAGAGCUCCCAACAAACCGGCAGGUUGACUGGUCCCAGACCUCAAACGCAAUCAUCUGUCUUUUCUUUCAAUACCGAAUCUGGAAGCCGCCUUUCAAGUACUCCAGAUCCUGAAAAGACUAGUACCAUGUCCAAAAGCAAGGUUCCUACUACGACUCUCAGGCACAGCAUAUCAAAACCUCAAUUGAUAUCUGACACCAAAACAAACAUGGCCAAAUAUGAUAAUAUGCCACCCCCUCGGCUUCCAGCAUCUGCUACUUGGAAUGGCCUCUCAUCGGUUACUACGCGCACAAGCCCUGCUCUGAAGCCUGCCUACUUGAUCACCCGGCGCAAGUCGUCAGUUUCUAGCCUAAAUGCAAAGCAAUCCGACUAUAGCAACGACUCCAACUCGGUGACUUUGCCGAGUCCGAUAGUUACGGACCCAGGUGAAACAGACCCAGCAAGUCACGGCCGUCAAUCAUCAUCUAUUCUGUCACCAGUCCACAAGAUCAUCAGUUCCGCCAAAUCCAAUGCGUCAUUGAAAGCACGUUCCACAGAUCAGAGUCCAAUCACGGACGAGUCUAUUGCUGAUGAGGAAAUGCGCAGGCUUGGAAGCAAGAGGAAAGACACUGAAAUCGCAGCUAAGGAAUUGGAUGAAUUGCACCGGAGGGCCUGUCCGAAAGAGCGUGUUGGUGCUGCACAAGCACUAAAGAUGGCUACCCUCAAUAUCUUUGAACGCGGUGAAAUCAUUGAUUUCAAAGAUAUCUAUUUCUGUGGAACGCAAAAGGCUAAGAAGCACGUGGGUGACCUGAAAUCUCAGAAUGCAAAUUUUGGAUACGACGAUGAUCGAGGUGACUAUCAAAUCGUUAUUGGUGACCACCUAGCCUACCGAUACGAAGUGGUCGAUUUAUUGGGCAAGGGUAGCUUCGGCCAGGUCGUUCGGUGUGUUGACCAUAAAACGGGUAAGCUGGUAGCCGUGAAGAUUAUUCGCAACAAGAAGAGGUUCCAUCAGCAGGCGUUGGUCGAGGUCAACAUCCUGCAAAAGCUGAAAGAAUGGGACCCCGAGCGCAAACAUAGUGUUCUACGAUUCACGCAAAGCUUCUACUUCCGCGGGCAUUUAUGCAUAUCUAGCGAACUUUUGGGCAUGAACUUGUAUGAGUUCAUCAAGGCACACCACUUCAAGGGCUUUUCUGUGAAGCUCAUUCGCCAAUUCACCAAACAGAUGCUUAGUACUCUUGUGCUUCUCCAGUCGAAGAAAGUCAUACAUUGCGAUUUGAAACCUGAAAAUGUCCUGCUUGCUCAUCCAAUGCGGUCUGAGAUUAAGGUUAUCGACUUUGGAUCUAGCUGCUUCGAGCACGAAAAGGUCUACACUUAUAUCCAGAGUAGAUUCUACCGUUCACCUGAAGUCAUCCUAGGGAUGUCGUAUGGGAUACCUAUCGAUAUGUGGAGUUUGGGUUGCAUCCUCGCCGAACUUUUCACCGGCUAUCCUAUUUUCCCCGGAGAAAAUGAACAAGAACAGCUAGCAUGUAUCAUGGAGAUAUUCGGCCCCCCGGAAAAACAUUUGAUUGACAAAAGCACCCGCAAAAAGCUGUUUUUCGAUUCAAUGGGCAAGCCUCGCUUGACCGUGUCGUCAAAGGGCCGCAGACGUCGACCAAGCUCCAAGGACUUGAGACAAGCCUUGAAAUGUGACGAUGAUGCAUUCUUGGAUUUCGUUUCCAGAUGUCUCCGAUGGGAUCCAAACCGUCGUCUCAACCCCAACGACGCAUUGAAUCAUGAGUUCAUUACCGGAAUCAAAGCCGCGCCUCGUCCUCGGACAUACUUGUCAAGUACUAACGCCUCCUCAAAGCGGCUUACCACCGGGGGAGUACGGCCGCUGCCGGACCCUCCAGCAAGUUUCAAACACGCAUCUCCCUCCAAAAACACAAGCAGCUCCCCGGUGAAGUUAGCUCCUAAGCGAAUCUCAACUACCAAUAACCUUCAGCCUACCGCCGGAAAACGAAUUUCCAAUAGUGGAACAUAUAACACCAGCUCGGCAUUGCCACGCAGAAACCCCAGUGGCAAUAUGGCAGCGGCAGCUGCAGCUACGAGCUUGUCGAACAAGUGA